AUGGCCCCAGAGAAAUGGGAAUUCAAGUCCAAAGAGUUAUACAAGCCCACUAACAGUAGAGAAUUUGGCUCUUCAUACAGAAAUGUAUACGUGGAUCUACAAAAACAACUCGUUGCUCUUGAGGCUCAUUUACGCAGAGAAAAUAGAGAAGCACAAGAAAGAUUCAAUGCGACCCUGCCCGAAAACACACCCGCUGUUAUACCAGAAAUUAUAGAAAUGACAAGUGAACAUAAUUCACAAUUAUCGAAUUCAUCAAAUACCAUAGAUAAGAUUGAUUUGUCAUCAACUGAAGAUGUUGGUAUAUCUGCGUCAGCUCCAAAGCCACAAAAAAGUAUUUAUACGAGGACAAACACUAAAAAGACAAGAUUGAUAAAAUCAAUAAUAAAAAAGACGACAAAGAAAAUUACUUCAAGGCUAAUUAAUUCACCAGACAAGAAUGCUGAUAAGUCUCAACCUUUGCCAACUUCGCAUUUUGAUAGAGAUUUCCAGUCAUUACGAGUGGAACCAUCAAUACCACCAUCAUCUACACGAUCAACAGCGCGUUCAAAAACCUCAUCAAAGAAGCCGAAACCACCUCCCAAAGGCAUUUUUGUUCCAACUCACGAUAAAGCGAACAGCACUGACACCAUUAAUACAAUGUCAGCUCAACAAGCCAGCCCUCGCCUAUCUAUAAACAAUAGUAUUAAAAAUAAUUAUCCACAUAGUCCUCUCUAUACAUCGUCCGCGCCUGGAAGUCCAAUUACUACUUUACCU